GUAAUUAAUAUCGCUAAUCCAAAUUUGACCUCCAAGGGAGUUGAAAUCGGUUGAAUCAUGAACCAAAUACUCGCAUUUUGCAGACUUUAUCAGCCUAAGUCUUAGGAGCAGGCUUAAGAAAGCCAAUUCUUGAAAGGCUAGUCUCGAGCUCAAAUAUGGCCUCCAACGCUACUGACGAGCUGAUGGCAACCCUUCUGCACACUAGUCCCAGAUCUCAAAAGUGAUGGGGAAACGCGCCUGAGAUUCGAUUCUAUAGCAGCUCAGCCGUGAUACUCUCUUUUUUUCCUGUCUAAUGCUCUUCCUUAAGUACUGGUAGACGAGCGCUGAACGCCCGAAUCAAAACUUGACGACUCCACGGCAAACGAGCUCGACCCGAAAUCAACCGGCGAACCCUGGGUAACGCCGACCCUCGCAUCGAUCGCCAAAUUGUCCGUGAUCUGACUCGGGGAUCCAUAGUUCUCCGAGAUACAAUCCUCUGAGGUACACUCCUAGUUAGGACGAUUACAGCGAUACGGCACAAUUCUCUCCGCUGGAUUGAACUCAGUUGUUAUCUGAAUGUCAAGACGGUCUGGUGUCAGUCGUAUUUCGGAAGUUGACAUUCAAAGAGAGACAUUUGGUUAGCCUUGUGCUCGCUCUGUUCCUCCUCAUGAUUAUCUCCUGAACGAACCGAGAACACACUCGAUCAAUAUGCCUGGAAAGUGCCAAAUGGUGAUGAUUAGUGUUUUGUUGUGGUGCUCUUGCUCGAAUGUCCGAGCCUCGACCCCCUUAAAAGGUCCCCCGACUGCCGAUCAAACCAAGAGUCAGACCAUCGCCACCAUUGGGAGCACAGUUCGACUUAACUGUCCAGUAUUUGGUGUGCCUGCUCCCAUGAUCCAGUGGUCCAAGAAUGGCGAACAAAUCGACUUCCAUUGGGAACGUCACAAAUCGAAAAAGAACAUUCUCAAAAUCAAGCAUGUCACGGAAGAUGAUACCGGAAUUUUCAUGUGUAAAGCUAUCAACGGCUUUGGCUCCAUUCAAGUACGGGUGGAACUGAUCGUAAUAGAACCCUCUGGGAUUCCAAGCAGUCUGGAGAAUGCUGGUGUGGCCGCUCCGGUAUUCACUCAGGAGACCAAAAUGGCCAAACAACAUCAAGCCCUCUCUGUGGGAGAUUCCUUCAAAGUUGGUUGCGAGGCUCUGGGGAGUCCAGAGCCUAACAUAUUUUGGUUCAAAGAUGGUCAGCGCAUCACUGAGUCUGUGCAGUACCAUCAGGGGCGAUCAAUCUUAGAAUUUUCUAUCUUGGGGACUGCGGAUUCCGGAGUCUACACCUGCCAUGCGCAAAACGUGAUUGGUGAUCGGACCAAGAACUUUACCCUGGGAGUAAAACAAACUGUAGGAACCACUCAUGCCAUCGUCACUGAAGUGGGCCCAACCAACACGACGGUGAUAGCUGGUGGAUCAACCACCUUGCAAUGCAAAGUUAAAUCCUUGGACCGGCCUCACGUCAAGUGGUUAAAACGUUUGGAAUACCACGAACAGGAGGCUUCAAACACGCUGAAAGUUGGGAAUGAGCGAUAUCGAAUCUUGGACUCCACCGAAGAUAUUCUAACCGGCAAUGAUGAAUAUCUUAAUAACCUGAUCCUGCCCCAGUUGGAAGAAGACGACUCGGGAAUGUACAUUUGCUUCGUCACCAACAGUGGCUUUGGAAAUCUUACCUAUAAGUCCAUGAAUCUGAAAGUUCUUCCAAAGUCGUCUGUGACAACGCCACACGAACCCAAAGCGAGUUCCUCAGAUCCAAUUCUGGUUGUGGUGAUUUGUCUCUCGGCAGCCGUUCUCAGUCUCCUUGUCAUGAUCAUAGUUUGUGUAUUAAGAAAGCCCGUAAAUCGUCGAGGCAAUGGUGGGAAUGGUGUAGAUAAUGCCAGCUCCGAGUCUGGAGAGGUUCAAAAACCUUUCAUGAAGUCUUGUGUGAUUGCUCAUAAGCCCCUUCCCGUUCCGCCCACCCAAACUGGAAGUGGGAGUCGAUUUGGGCCCUGGUCUCGCACUAUUUAUCCGGAAUAUGAGCAAAAGCUCACGGGUAAAGAUUCGGGCUUCAAUACGUCCUUGUGCACUCCUUCGGAUCCAUCCCCUCGAGAUCUUGAAAGUCCAAACACUUACGAAGUGCCUUUCUCACAUCGAGUCAAUUCAAGACCAAGAUCUGAGAACCCAUACGUGUUUCAAAGUGGUCAAUACCUGAGGCCGCCUUCCUCCAGAUCCCAGCGAAGUGAUCCAAAUUGGCCGAUGAGAAACAAUUAUCCUUUUGGGAAUACCCUCGCGCCAUCUAACCUAAGAGGCUCACAGUUCUUCUACAAUGAUUUUGACGAUCACCACCGUUUUGUGCCUCAAAAUUGAAAGGAAUCUCAUGAUGAUUUACUAUGAAAGAGGGGACGUUGUUUGCGUGCAGUGAUCAUGGAUUCUGAGUAACUAUCGUAUCCAUCAACCCAUCCUCCGUUUCACUUGAAACCACCAAUCAUUUCUAGUCAGAUUAUCCAUAACUCUUCGAACAAAUAUAUGAAUGGAAAAAAUCAUGA